UUUCAUGUGUAUAGAAAACACGUAAGGAUAUUUGUGUUAACAGUGGAACCUACCUGGUAAUAUAUGGAGAAACAACUCCAGUAAACCGUUCAGCUGGAGCUUAAGGUUCCUCAGUCACUACUGUUAGAAUGACUAGAAGCAUAGCAGGAGGUCCUGAUUCCAUGGUUGCUAGGAGGCAAGGCAUUAAUUCUUUAUUUCAAGUUGUCAUAGUCACAAGCUUCUCAAGUACACAGAGGCUUCAGGUAGAAUCUGCAAGUGUGCAAGACUAAAAAUGUCAGCAAAAAAGUUUAAAGGCGCACCGUUUGGAACACAAUCCCCCAGGUUUUGUGUGUCGGCAGACCUUAAUGCAAAAAAGAGGAUUGAAACUUACACCUAUGUCUGCAACUGCAGGAGAAAUACUAGCCUGGUAAGGAGCAGUGCACCUGAAACAUAUAAUCCAGUCAGUGGGGACUUUGGCACUCAAGCAGUGCAGGAGGGGAUGCAGGACCCUGGCUGGAGGAGGGUACAAGACACUGUCUGUCUGGAUAAGAUGCCACAUCUGCCUUACAUGGAUGUAUGGGAGAACAAACAAUUUUUGAAAACGAAGGUUGGUCCAGGCACGUAUAGAAUUGCCAGUUUCAUUGAAGAGAUGCUAAAGAAACCAGGCAGCAUGAGAGGAAUCUGUGAAACCAGAGAAGAACGCUUCAAAGACUGUCAGAACAUAAUCCCGGGUCCAGGCACUUACGGAAUUCCCUCAGCUCCACAGGAGUGCAAGAGGAGGUCUUUGGGGACCUGUUGCAGCAGCAUGCAGAGUUUUCCAGAUAACACUGUGCAGCAGGACAGUGGUUUGGGCCCAGGUACCUACAAUCUAAAGAGCUUCACUGAUGUGCUCCUGAAUCGCAGAGUUAGCAAGAGAGGACCGUAUGACCUUUUCACCAGCUCCAGAAACAAACCCAUUGCUUAUGGCUACUUUGCUGCUCCCAAAAUGGUAAAUCUAAACCCGGGGGAGUACACUGAAGAGUUACCAAAGUUUGAUGAAGAGCUGCAGAGGCAAGAGAAGAGGAAACAAGGGGUGUUUAGCAAUCUUGAACAAUACCCUGCCAUUCCUACUGAGAGAAUCUACAUAUCCACUUUGGCUCAGUGCCCACGGCCUGCGACGUUUCCCAGCCCGGGCUCAUAUGAAGUUAGUCCUAAGAAACCAGUGCAUGAGUUCAGUGGUGCAGUAGCUCCAUUCCUCUCCUCUGCCCCCAGGAUGAGCAAGAGAACAGAGGCGCUGCUGAAUAAAAAUCAUAACCCGGUUGGACCUGGUCGCUACAACUUGUCAAGUUCUAGUCUGAAUACAUCCAGUAAUGGUCACAGGUCAUCGUUCAUAUCUGGCACCGAGCGCUACCCACAAUGCCCUGCAAGAGACAAGUCCCUCCAGGAGAGACUCAAACCCAUCAAUGUACCUCUGGAGAAGAGAUCUUUCCUCCUGCAACCUGAGGGUCCAUUUAACGAUGUGAGAAUCUGUUCUUCAGCAUAGAUGAACAUUACCAGUUUGCAGACUCCAGUACAUUCACAAUUAAUACUGCCUAUAAUAGCUGGAUUUACUUGUGGGAAGCCAUCGUUUAAACAUACAUAAAAUUUCUCUGCAUGAUA